GCAAGCGGUCUUACGUCGUCAGAACAAAUCGCACAUUUUUGAAGUUUCACGUCUAGUCAGAACCUAAAUGUUGUUUUUAAUAAUUUUACUAAAAAAUGAAUAUUUGAUAUAACCGAUUCAUUUCUGAAACAUAUAAUUAAACUAAAAGUGACCUGGUUACAUCGGCACCAUAAUGGCUUCAAGAGUUACAGGUGAUUUUCUUCAGUGCCAAGAAAUUAGCUCCACAUCAGACUUGUUUUCCUCUCCUUUACAGUCCAGAUUUUCCUUGAAAGGCCGACCAUCCUAUCGAAGAUCCAUGCAAACAACAGUUACUAAUCGGUCUCAGGAUAAUAUCUUAAAUCGAAUAUUUAACAUUGGAUAUAUAAUUAACAAAAUUAGAAACCAAGUACAAGAAAAACUAUCAACUAGAGUAGCAACAGUAUCUGUGAUUGUGAUAUUUUUAACUUCAUUAUUAGCUUUAUCCCUAGUCUACAAAACAUUCCCGAAUGUAACAGAAGCAGAACGCCAACAUAUUAAAAUUCCUUGGAACAUAGAAGAUGCAAAACAACUAGGAAUUGUAUUGAAUAAAUACAAAAUUGACAAUUACUAUCAAGUGAUGACUGGAGUUUGUGUUACAUAUGUAUUUCUUCAAACAUUUGCCAUACCAGGUUCACUGUUCCUAUCAAUCCUUUCAGGAUUUCUAUUCCCGUUCUUCACUGCCUUAACGUUAGUGUGCACUUGCUCAAUGGUAGGAGCCUCACUCUGCUUCAUGCUGUCCCAGAUAUUAGGAAGAAAACUAGUUUUACAUUAUUUCCCCGAAAAAGCUAGGAAAUGGGCUGUGCAAGUGGAGAAACAUAGAUCAAAUAUGUUGAAUUACAUAAUAUUUUUAAGGAUAACACCAUUCUUUCCGAAUUGGUUCAUAAAUUUAACAGCUCCUGUGAUCGGGGUCCCUUUGUACCCGUUUGCAUUUGGGACAUUCAUUGGAGUUGCACCCCCUUCGUUUAUAGCGAUAAAAGGGGGCCAGACAUUACACGAUAUGACAGCUAGUGACACUGCAUUUAAUAUGACAUCAUUUGUUUGGCUCAUAGUGUUUGGAGUUAUGUCGCUUAUCCCGAUACUAUUGAAGAAUAGGUUAAGAGAAAAGAUGGAAUAAACUAGUAGAUAUAUUUAUUUAGGUUACUUAUUUAUUUGAUUUCAAAGGUUCUGGUUUGGCUCAAAUAGUAAAAUCACAGUAUUAUGUGCAACCUAAAAACCUACUUGGUUUUUAUAAAACAGUCAUGAUAGUAUUUUAAUUUUUUUUGUAAUAUUUCCUUUUAAUAAUUGCUCAGAAUCAUGUAUUCAGUAGUAUUUUUUGUUUCAAAAUUAUUCGAAUCAAACAAUUGAUAUGACUAGGGUGCAAACUGUACAAAUUUGAUAAAAUUGUAGUUUUUUUAUUGUUAUAAAUUUGAGUGAAUAUAAUAUUGUUUUUU